GGUUAAUAGGAAAUCUACGGUAAGAAGAUGGGAGUAAUGGGGAAGUUGAGAAUGUUUGUCGUCCAGGAACCAGUUGUGGCUGCCUCUUGUCUCAUAGCUGGCUUCGGUCUCUUCCUUCCUGCGGUUGUAAGGCCUAUUCUGGACUCUUUUGAAUCAUCCAAGCAAGUUCCAGCUCCUGCUUUAAGUGAUGUAGUCGCGGGUAUGACUGGUAAAAAACAAGGAUAAGAGACUUGUGAGGUUUUAGUACAACCAGCUCCUUGGAGUCUUAUUCCAUCCUUUUGUUUCAUCUUCAUUAGAAAUGGAAAUAAAGUCCUUUUUUGUGGGUAACAGUUAAAUAUUUUGUGUAAGGGGAGAGCUCUCCUCAUUUGUAAGCACUUGACAGUGCUACUUGGAUUCAAAUACCGAAUUAGACUUCACUUACAACCUAAUUAAAUGCAUCUGAAGCUUAUCAUGA